GUGGGUCUUCACUCACGUACACGUCUGUACUUGGGUAACACGCACACAGACAACAUAGUCGCCUCUUAUUUCCGAAAAUUGGACAGCUUACCUUUGAUUUUUGACGCAGCUCGAGGGAAGAUGGCAUCAGCGUUGGCCCCACCCGACGAUAAACAGUUGAGUCUGUACAGGAAGUGUUUCGACAUGCUGGACAAGAACAACGACGAGUUCAUCUCACCAACCGAACUGGGCCCCGCACUGGCAGCUCUCAGUAUCGACCCCAGUCCGUCUCUCAUCAAGGGGACCAUCAAGACUUUUGACGUGGAUGAAAACGGAAAGUUGGAUUUUAAUGAAUUCGUCAACUUCAUGCAGCACAUGAAGGAGGUGAUGUCACCGGAACCCAGGUUCCUCAUGGAGGCCUUCAAAAGUUUUGAUAAGGACGGCAGCGGUACCUUAAACAAGGCGGAAGUUAAGAGCGCCAUGGCGACAAUCGGAAGGAACUACAACGACGAGCAAAUCGACAAACUCUUUGAGUUAUUUGACUCAAACCGUGACGGAGUUCUGCAGUAUGAGGAGUUUGUGAACCUGAUGAACCCGAGAAGGUCUCAGAACCUGCCUCAGCCGGAGGACUGCGAGGAGAGGAUCAUUCAAAACGUAGACAAAGCUUAA